AUGGGUGUCGCUGACUCGCGACCAGCGUCCAAUGAGCGCGCGAGCACGAGCGCAUCGAGUGUCGUCGCGACGAAUGUACCGAGUCGUGGCCUGUCGAGGCUCUUCGCGUCUCGCGGUGCCGUUGCGCGCUCGGAGCCCUACCUGGACGUCCCGACCUGGCUCGCUGAGCGCGUGUUAGCGUUUCAACACUCGGGCGCGCGCGAUGACGGCGACGGGUCGUAUCGAACGGCGCUCCGGAGCGCGGCGGCGGCGCUGGACGAGGCGCAACCACCGGGAACGGUUUUACUCGUCAGCCUGAACAGCGCGCUGAUGCUCGAUCGGGAGAUUUACGACGAUUUUAAUUGUUUCGUAGAGUUUUUGUCGCGAUGGGAUCGCCCGGCUGGGGGCUGUGUAGGGUCGUUGGAUUCUAUAUUGAGCGCUUGCUCGAGCGCGAGAAAUUGGUUGCAGAUGUCGGAUCAAAACGUUGUGGUGUUUCACGUGCGGGCGGAACGGCCGUCGAGUGGUGAAGCAGCGCGGAUGCUUCGAUUCGUCGUUGCAGCGUUCUCGUGUUACAUGAAUGAGACGUCUUCCAUCGAGGACGCGUUCGAUGAGCUCCCGUCGGUCCCACCGCUGGCGUUUGAGAGGCAUCGCGCGGAGAAGCCGAGCGUGGCGCAGCUAAGGUUUGGAGGGUACUUUUGUGAGGCGCUACGCAUGAGCAGAGGGUCAGACAUCGUUUCCAAGGAGAACAUUCCCACGAAGACCAUUCGCCUAAAGCGCUUGGUGAUUGCUGGAGGUUUAUCGAUCGACAACGGAGGAUGGCGACCGUACGCGGUUGUUUAUUGCGGAGGAGUAGUCGUCGGGAGAAGUUUAGCGCAGCACGGUUUCUCGCCCGAUUGGCACGGCACGAGACACGGUUUAGUUCCAAUUGGACUUGAACUCGUCUCUGUGGGGCAUCAGCUCAACACGGCGACGGGCAUGUCCGCGGGUUUGGUGAUGUCUGGAGACGUCGCGAUUUCGAUUUACCACUGGACGGGUAACGAAGAGCGUGAUGAACUCUUCCCCGUAAUGACGUACGCAUUCCAUACGGGGUUCAUCGCCGCUGAGGAGGCGCAAGUUGUUCGCAUCCAAAGAGACGAGAUGGAUUGCACGGACGAGACACUAAUUCCAGAAAGUUACUGGCUCGAUAUGACCAUGCUCUCCGAGUCUGUGCGGGUGAAAACGAGCGGUUCGGUGAGCGUGCAGACAUCCUCAUCGGCCGUCGAAGAUGUGAAAGUGACGGUAUCACAGACGCUCGUGCUACCGGGGCCUCCUCCGCCGCCGCCGCCACCGCCCAAAAGGAUUGGUUGCGAUAUAACUCAUCCGCCUCCUCCACCGCCGCCGCCACCAUUCGCUCGUGCGCAAAGCGCAAAUGCGAAUGUGUCUGCCCCACCACCACCGCCACCACCGCCACCGCCACCACCGCCACCACCGCCACCACGCCCUUCACUCGGUCCGAUAGUACCAACGCCACCGGCUCCACCGCCUGUCCCACGCGCACCAGUCCCCCCGGCUCCACCGACUGGACAGUUUCGAUCAUUCUCGCUCGCCGCUGUGACGCCUGUCCCUCAGGGGCCAAACUUGCGGAAAGUCUAUUGGGAUAAGCUGGUGCUGACGCAAAACACAUGGUGGGCAAAUAUCGACGAAGAAGAGUUGAGCGUGGACGAGAAAGCAGCCGUGGUGAAAUCGUUCGAGAUUAAGAUGGACAAGAAACCCGAACCGGUGGCGCAACGCAAACACGUCGCAGGUAUGCCUACCAUCAUUCCCGUUCCCCGAAGCAACAACAUAUCAAUCAUGCUCAGUCGAUUCCCGAUGAGCGCUGAUGAGAUCGUCGAGGCUAUUUCGAGCGGAGACCCUAAAGGCGGGUUGACGCUUGAGAGAUUAGCGGUGUUGCUUCAAUGUGAACCAACACCGGAGGAACUCGAUUUGAUGCGCAGCUUCAAGGGCGAUACAAAUACUUUGAAUCCGUCAGAGAAGUUUCUACUGAAUCUCGCGCAAGUCGAGCGUUUGGAGAGCAAGCUCACAUCACUGGUAUACGCCAGGCAGUUCCCCGAGCUUCUCGCUGAGGCUCAUACCGGACUGGACGCCAUCUCAGCGGCGUGCGCACAGACGAGCGAGGCGAGAGGUUUGCGAAGUGUCUUCGCCGUUGCCCUGAAGGUUGGUAAUUUCAUGAAUGCCGGCGGUCCUCGUUCGGGAACGAACGGUAUAACGUUAGACUCGCUACACAAGCUCAACGAUGUUCGAACGACGGCACCGACGGCGCACGGUGGCUCAACUUUAUUGGAUUUCAUCGUCGAGUUGGCGGAUGAACGAAGCGAAGAUCACAUCGCGCUUACUACGGAAAUGAGCACGUGCCAAGCUGCGAGCCGCGUCGCGCGCGUCGAUCUUGAGGGUAUAAUUCGUAAGCUCACGACCGGUGCUGAGAAACUCAAGCUAGAGUCGGACGAGACGUUCGCAAAAAGCUUUGCGGUGACGCUCGCUGACUUGGAUCGAACCGUUUCGGACCUUGUGUCCAAAGCCGAGCGCGUGAACUCUGAGUACGAACAAUUCGCCGAGCUGUGUGGAGAGAACCAUCGUCGACGAGAACCAGAGGACGUAUUCGCAUCGAUCUGGCAGUUCGCGUGCGCGGUCGACGCCUCGAGAGCGGCACGCGAACAUCGAGCGGCCAAGCGCUCGACGAAAACGUAG